UAAGCACUUUUGGCUUCACCAAAGCAGCAUCAAUGGCAGUAGCUCUUCCAACAACUUCUUCCUCGUAUCUGCACUCUAAAACUAAAAUCCCUAAGUCUUCUUUAAGCUGCGCCAGCAAAGUUUAUGUUGGAUUAAGAAUCCAAUCUCCAGGUUCUUAUGGGGUUGCAACAUCUAAUUUAAAUGUUGAUUUUUUCAGCAGAGUUCACAAAAGUAUUGAAUCCGGAACUAAAGAUGGCAAAGCAACACGUGCACAAGUUACCAUGAUGCCCAUUGGGACACCCAAGGUGCCCUAUAGAAAUCCAACUGACUCAUCGUGGCAAUGGGUUGAUUUGUGGAAUGCUCUUUACCGCGAACGUGUUAUUUUCAUUGGAGAAGAGAUAAAUGAAGAAUUUAGCAACCAGAUAUUGGCAACAAUGCUGUACCUUGACAGUAUUGAUAGUUCCAAGAAGCUCUACAUGUUUAUCAAUGGCCCUGGUGGUGAUCUAACUCCAACCAUGGCCAUUUACGACACAAUGCAAAGUCUGAAAAGUGCUGUUGGUACCCACUGUGUGGGCUUUGCCUACAAUCUUGCCGCUUUUCUUCUUGCUGCUGGAGAAAAGGGCAAUCGAUGUGCAAUGCCUCUUUCAAGGAUUGCACUAGAAUCUCCAGCUGGAGCUGCACGCGGACAGGCUGAUGAUAUCCGUAAUGAAGCAGAAGAACUUCUCAGAAUUAGAAAUUACCUUUUCAAGGAGUUGUCUGAGAAGACGGGCCAGCCUAUUGAAAAGGUUCACAAGGAUUUGAGUCGGGUGAAGCGAUUCACUGCUAAAGAAGCUCUUGAAUAUGGUCUUAUUGACCGUAUAGUUAGGCCUUCCCGUAUUGACGGAGAUGCUCCGCCGAGGGAUAUCACAGCAGGUCUUGGUUAAGUUUAAAUGGCUGAUAGUAGUUGUACGAGACUACGAGUUUCAGUGUUGUUCUGCAAAAA